UUCUGUUAUUUGCGUGUCCUGGGCUUCAUAACGAUGGUGUCUUGCCUUAGACGCGUAGUGUUUUGUGCUAAUUAGUUUAUAAUUAGUUGAGUGAAUCAGUUUGAAUUGUUACUAUGGAGUUGAAUAUGGUAAAUAAACAGUUAGAUGUAAACGAUGACGAAGUAAUUAGAAUAAACGGUCUCAAAGUGUGGACGCCGGAGGAGAAGUCCUGGUGGAGACGGAAGGUCAUCAAACCGCAAGGACUUAUACUGAAUGGAGUUUCAGGGUGUAUCAAAGAAGGCGAGUUUGCAGCACUGAUCGGACCGAGUGGUGCAGGUAAAACGACAUUUCUUGUGUCAUUGGCUGGCAAAUGUACCUUACCAUCGGAUGGUAGCGUGACGGUGAACGGUAGAAAUGUCAAGCAGGGAGCUGUGGAAAUAGUCCCGCAGUUCGAAGUGUUUAUGGACAGUUUGAGUGUUAAGGAACAUUUGAUUUUCAUGACAGAAAUGAAAUUGGGUAAUUAUAAGAAACCUCACAAUAAUGUGAUAUUGAACACUUUGAUACGGGACUUGAAGCUAAAGUCGCACCUCAACACACCAAUAAAAGGGCUGUCGGGAGGGGAGAGGCGAUUGCUCUCUUUGGCUUCCUCGCUACUCUCCAAUCCUCAAAUACUGAUCUGCGAUGAGCCCACCACUGGCCUGGACAGUUACAACGCCUUACUGGUCAUCGGCGUGUUGAAGAAACUCUCUUUGACUGGGAAGGUGGUGAUCUGUUCCGUCCACCAGCCCUCCUGGGAUCUGUUUAAAGAGUUCUCCUCCAUAUUACUGAUGGCAGAGGGGAAACUGCUGUUCCACGGCACGCAUGAGCAAUGUAGACGCUUGUUUGAAAGCAUAAAUCUCCGCUGUCCGAUGAAUUACAACCCGGCCGAGUUCUACAUCCGAGCGCUGUCGAACGGACGCGGGUACAUUGAGAAGAUUUUAGAAAUGAGCCCAAACGGGUUCUCGGAAUGCCGUGAGACUUCCGAGAUAACGGAUAAAGGUUCCAUCAAAAUGACCCAAAGACAUUGGUGCAAACAGGUAGAGCUCUUGUUAUGGCGCUCUUCUAUAAGUUUGAAGAGAGAUAUACGGAACCAAUUACUACAAUUAUUUUUAUCUGUGAUGGCCUCCUCUCUCGUCAUAGGAACCUGCUACAUGGGGAUAUCAGGGAACACCCAGCGUGGAAUCCAGGAUAUCCGAGGGUUCCUCUGGCUGAUGACCAGCGAGGUGUGCUUCGGUCUCUCGUACAACGCUCUAUACGCGUUCGACGCCGAGAUAACUCUGUUUAAACGCGAGGCGGGGAUGUAUUCCUGCUCUGCUUAUUUUGUCAACAGGCUGCUAAAUUAUAUACCGAGAUGCAUAGUGUGGCCUAUAACGCUAGUAUUCAUCGCGACGCUGGCAGUGGAACUCCCCAACCACGUGGUAACCGCGCUCGAGUUUACAGCAGCGUUGAUCGGUGCAGGAUUCGCUUCGGUGGCUUACGGUCUUGGCAUGUCAGCAGUAUUUAUCUCGUCAGGAGUGAUGGGCGACGUGAUGCCGUGCGCAGACCUGCCUCUGUUCCUCAUGUCCGGAGCCUUCCUGAGAAUAACAUCCAUUCCCCUCUGGUUAUAUCCACUGAAAUACAUAUCCCACUUUUACUAUGCAAUGGAUGCUAUCAGCAAUUUGUAUUGGAGACAGAUAUAUUAUAUAGAUUGCCCAUCUAACUCUACGACACUUUGCAUCAAAGAUGGGCCAUCAGUAUUAUUAGAAAAUGGCUAUUCCGCGAACUUCAUCUUUGAAGACUGUUUGGGGCUGAUGUUUAUAACAAUUCUGUGGAGUUUAUUGGCCUACUGGGGACUCAAACGAGAAGAGAAGAAGGGAUAUGCGUACUGAGUGAUGUUUAGUUGUAAAUAAACUUCCUUAAAGUGUA